AUGUCCCUCUUCAAAAUCCCACUCAUUCUCUCGUCUGCUAUCGCUGUGCACGUAGCGCUCACUCCCCCACAUGCCCCUGCGAAGAGCGAGGUUGUUCAUGAUACCUUUAAUGAGUGGGUCAUCAUCCAGCAUGUUAAAUACGGGCUCCCGAUCGCGAAGAUAAUUUACUGGGGUGUUUCUUGCGCAGAAACUGCUCUCAUUCUCUCUCGUAUUACGGACCCCAGCACACUUCCCAGCGUAAUACAAAACGCAGUCGGUCCAAUUCUUCCAAGGAUCCAGGACAAGAUCCAGGACGUACCAAUUACUCCUCAUUUCCUUUUCGGUACCGCAGUUGUUGCUGCAGCGGGAUACCUCCGCUGGUCGUGUUUUCGCACCCUUGGUCGUUUUUUCACAUUCGAGCUCACCACUCGCAAGGGUCACCAGCUUGUCACGGGUGGACCAUACUCAGUCGUACGCCACCCUUCCUACUCAGCAGCUAUUAUGCAGUACAUCGGCGUAGUGAUCUUGCACGGAUCUGCGACUUCAUGGCUUAGACAAUCGGGGGUCUUAGGUAUUCCUGGACUGAAAGUGGUUCUGUUGGGGUGGCUGCUGGAGAGAACGGUUACUGUGGUAAGCCUCGUGCGUAGGAUCAACCAAGAGGAGGAGGUCGUGAAGUCAAUGUUCGGAGACGAAUGGAAGAGGUGGGCAAAGGUUGUCAGGUACCGGCUUAUACCCGGCAUCUACUAA